AAGCGCGGCCUGCUCUGAGCGCAGCUGCGGGAGUGCAGGGGCCAGUGCGAUGGAGUCCGUGGCCCUGUACAGCUUCCAGGCCACAGAAAGCGACGAGCUGGCCUUCAACAAGGGGGACACACUCAAGAUCCUGAACAUGGAAGAUGAUCAGAACUGGUACAAGGCUGAGCUCCGGGGUGCCGAGGGGUUUGUCCCCAAGAACUACAUCCGCGUCAAGCCCCACCCGUGGUACUCGGGCAGGAUCUCCCGGCAGCUGGCCGAAGAGACUCUGAUGAAGCGAAACCAGCUGGGAGCCUUCCUGAUCCGGGAGAGCGAGAGCUCCCCAGGGGAGUUCUCUGUCUCCGUAAACUACGGGGACCAGGUGCAGCACUUCAAGGUGCUACGAGAGGCCUCGGGGAAAUACUUCCUGUGGGAAGAGAAGUUCAACUCCCUCAACGAGCUGGUUGACUUCUACCGCACCACCACCAUUGCCAAGAAGCGGCAGAUCUUCCUGCAGGACGAGGAGCCCCUGCCCAAGCCGCCCCGGGCCUGCUUUGCCCAGGCCCAGUUUGACUUCUCGGCCCAGGACCCCUCACAGCUCAGCUUCCGCCGCGGUGACAUUAUCGAGGUCCUAGAGCGUCCGGACCCCCACUGGUGGCAGGGCCGGUGCUGCGGACGCGUCGGCUUCUUCCCGCGGAGCUACGUGCAGCCCGUGCACCUGUGA